UUUUUUUUUUAUGUGACGUGUAUAUGAAUUAUGUAUGUAUGUGCAGGCGUGGAUAUGCGGCGGCAUCACAAGGUGUGGUCUCCGGUGGUGCCAAAGGAGGUGUGCCAAGGAUGAUGCAAAGAAGUGGAGAGGAAUCAUCAGUGAAGACAUCAUGGGUGCCAGAUCCAGUUACUGGUUACUACAGGCCUGAGGGACAAGCCAAUGAGAUUGAUGUCCGCAUUGCUGCUGAGCUCCGUAAAAUGCUCUUGAAGCACAAAUCUAGAAACAACUGAAGAAAAGCUAUGGAU